UGAAGGGUCGGGUCUGGACAAUGCAUGGGUAAAAAGCAAACCAAAGAAAACAAGCCCGGGUAAAGCGCUCAAGAAAUACAUAGCUAAUAAAUUCAUCUACCAUCUUGACUCAGAUUAUGAUGCACCUAGCAGGCAUUGAGACUGACAGUUGGAGCGAUGAGGCAUGGUGAGGGGCUGGUGGGCACCAAGCAUGAACGGUAUUUUCAGCUGGCUUGUCCGGUCUAGGAAUAAGUCAUGCGUGCAACCUCAUCUAGAUGUUGAAGAUGAUGAGAUGUUGUACAGCAAGAACAACGUGUGCGUGCACCCGGCCGGUGGUGGUGGUGGGACGGGUGUCGGGCCGCCUCACCACACGCCCGGCUACCUGACGGUCACCGCGCAGCCGGACGCCCAGCUCGGCCACACCCUGCUGCUCAGCUGGCGACCAAACCAGCUGAUGACGCGCACUGGUGGCCGGCCCUGGUCGCGCAGCGUCUCAGAGAACGCCACACGAGACGCGCGUCUUGCCGUCCGCGGUGACGUCACACUCCUGAGCGACGCUGAUGACGUCAGACCGCCGCGGGAGUGGAGCGGGGCCUCGGCGGGCCAGUGGAAGCCGGACAGCGCUGCGGCCGUGUCCGCAGCGUCAUCGCCGGCUGGCCGGCUGGAGCUGCCCGCGGCGGAGGAGGAGGUGCGGCGCCUCUCCACCCAGUCGGCGCCGCCCUCGCCCCGCUCCGGCAUCGCCCCCGACGUGCCGGCCGUGCUCACGGCCGAUCUCGGUCGGACGCGCUCGGUGCGCGUGUUCCUGACGCCGGACGACCCCGGCUGCGGCCAGCUGGUGCUGUGCUCGCGCCAGUCGCGCUACCGCAUCCUGCACUUCCACCACGGCGGCCUGCGCCGGCUGGUGACGCUGUUCGAGCGCUGGAGCCACCUGCUGGGCGGUGGCGGCGCCGGCGACGACGGCGGCUGUCUGCUAUUCUCCGUCUGCAGUCCGCUGGUGGAGGAGGGCGAGCAGCACCCGGAGGAGGGUCUCCAGUGUGUUUCACAUGGACGACGAGGAGGGAGCGCCGGCCGCCCGCGAGGACGGCGUGAGAGCCAGGAGCGAGUGUCGGUGGCGUCUGAUGACGUCACGGAGACCAGCGAGCCCUCCAGACCCAGGGCGCCGGGGUGCCUGAUCUCUGACGUGGCGGCCGAGUCCGUGAUGUGGCUAGCUCACCGGCUGGGCCCGGCCCUCACGUCCCGCCACUUGGCGCGCAACCUGCUGCGCAUGCUGGCCGUCUGCUACUCGGACCCGGACUCGCUGAAGCCGGCCCCGGAGCGCCCCCAGGCGGUGUACAGCCGCAGCUUGGCCGGCGACGCCGGCUCGGACAAGGUCCUCCUCUGCCUCUGCAGCAUUGCAGAGUUGUAUGGCGAACAGCUUAUCCUGAACCAGUACCUACCGCACGUCACCGAGCUGUGCGGCUCCGCCCUGCGCAAGCUGACGGCGUCGGUGGAGGCGGCGCUGAUUGGCGGACUGACGCUGCUGCUGCACGUGCUGCCCUACCUGAGCGACACGCUGCUCAUGGACCUGCUGCAGGAGUCCCUGCUGGCGGGGGUGUUCCGGCCCGUGCUUCAGACGGCCACUGACCCGGAUCUGACCUUCCCGUCAGGCGCGGCCGGCCGAGCCGCCGUCUGUUAUCGCUGGCUCAGUCUGGUUGUCAUGGUUACGCACCGCAUCGGCCUGGAGAUGUCGCUGCGCCAGCUGGGUGACGUCACCAGUCAGCUGGCGGCUACGUUUGGCCGCCUUUUCAAAAGUUCCCUCUUCCUGUACGUACUACUGCCUCUUCGCUGA